GUUGUGCCACUGGUACCAACUACUGAUAGGUCAAGAGAAAACAAUCAUUCUUUAAUUUUUGGCCAGUUGUAUUAGACAUGGCGCUGUGCCGCCAGACCCGCGUUUCCCUUCGCCUACUGCGAUCUCAUCCCAUAGGAAUCGCGUCUCUGGAGACAGGAUGUGAAAGGCACGUCUCAACCGUCACUAGCCUCGAUUCUGCUUCUGGGUUGACCACAGAACAAAAGCAUAUCCAAGAGGUUGCCCUGAAUUUUGCAAGAAAUGAAAUGUUGCCACGAAUGGCAGAGUGGGAUGAAAAGGAAAUCUUCCCCACGGACGUGCUGAAGCGAGCAGCAAAAUUGGGAUUUGGUGCAAUUUAUGUGAAGGAGGACUCUGGUGGCACAGGAUUGAAUCGUCUAGAUGCCAGCAUUAUUUUUGAAGCUCUUUCUCAAGGCUGUGUUUCCACAACAGCAUAUAUCAGCAUUCACAACAUGUGUGCAUGGAUGAUAGAUCAGUAUGGAAAUGAAGCUCAAAAGAAGCAAUAUAUACCAAAACUUGCCUCUAUGGAGAGGUUUUCAUCAUACUGUUUGACUGAACCUGGUGCUGGAUCUGAUGCUGCUUCCUUGUCAACAACUGCCAAGCGAGAUGGAGACCAUUACAUUCUCAAUGGAUCUAAGAUGUUCAUAAGUGGCAGUGGAGAGUCAAGUCUGUACUUGAUAAUGUGUCGGACAGGAGGCAGUGGCCCCAAGGGUAUCACAUGUGUCUUGGUUGAAAAUGGUGCUCCAGGUCUGAGCUUUGGUAAGAAGGAAAAGAAGGUGGGUUGGAAUUCCCAGCCAACCAAAGCUCUGAUAUUGGAAGACUGUCGUGUCCCUGUAACCAAUCGGCUUGGAGAAGAGGGUCAGGGAUUCUCCAUUGCCAUGAAUGGACUCAAUGCAUCCUGUUCACUUGGAGCAGCUCAAGCCAGCUUAGAACUUGCGACAGAAUAUGUGAAAGUAAGAAAGCAAUUUGGAAAGGCUCUUGCUGAAUUCCAGGAUCCACAGUUCAAGUUGGCACAAAUGGCAACAGGGCUUGUUGCCUCACGAAUGAUGGUGAGAAAUGCAGCAAUGGCUUUGCAGUCUGGCCAUAAGGAUGCAGUGUCAUUAUGUGCCAUGGCAAAGCUCUUUGCCACACAGACAUGUUCCAAGCUGGUGAAUACAGCCCUGCAGCUGCAUGGAGGGUAUGGCUAUCUCAAAGACUAUGCUGUUCAGCAGUACUGGAGAGACCUCAGAGUGCAUGAAAUCUUGGAAGGGACAUCAGAAGUGAUGAAAAUAAUCAUAGCAAAGAAUCUGCUUCAUCACUGAAGGAUUUGGAGACAGUGAUUAACCCCUCAAGCUGGUAAUAUUCCAAUGUUGUGAAAAAAUGUACUCAGUGUUUAAAAGAAAACUGUGCCUAGCUUUUUUAUUAUAAAAUUUAUAGUAAAUUAAAUUUAAUUGGCCCAGUAAAACUCUGCAAAUGUAUAAAUAUAAGAAGGUUUGUGCUGAGUUUGAAGGAAAUUGUAUUGAGUAUUAAACCAGUCCAAACUUGAAGGGGGAUAAAUGCCCUGACAUCCCUGCUUCCAAAAUACCUUGGGAUACUAGUAUACCCAUUUCAACAUUCCAUUGAAUCAUCAAGAAUUAUCUCAGACAAAAAUGCUUUUAAAAAAAUGCAGUAAUUGCAAGAGGAAGGAAGGAGGAACCUUGGAGGAAGUCAUCAUCAAUGGAGCAAUUCUGAAAUGGUGACAGUGGUUGCAUGCUUGCAACUGAGAAUGUAGGUGCCAUUUCGAGCAUAAGCAGUGACUGAAGAUAUGGAUACCUUUUAAAUUUGACAAAAUCCUUCUAUUAUCUUUCUACAUUUGGUACUAUAAAAAUUGGGCCAAUCUGAUAAAAUAUACUUUUGUUCUCAUAAAAACAAAUAGGCACAGUUUUAAUAUAACCGCUGUGUAUUUUAUUUCCCUGUGAGAGCAGAUGAAACUGUGGCUCCCCAGGUAUGGGAGUCUAAUCAUGUGGCAGUCAUACGUUGUCUUAGGGAUGUUAUGGAAGCAAUUAGGAUAUUCUUCCUAGCGAACAUAGACUUGCCACUUUUAACCCUUUGCAAUACUUUAUAUUUUUAACACUUUGGAGAUUGUUGAACCAUAAUCAACAGUGGAUCACAAAGGGUUAAGAAAUACUAAAAAAAGAAGCUUGCCCAAGAUGCUUCAGAUCGCACACUUCAUUGUGACAGUUUUCCCAUUGUGUUGAGCCCCCAUGUGACUGAGGUAAAUUUACAAUUAACAAAAGGAUGAAUACGAUUUUAACAUUAUUAUUAUAAUUAUCUCUUUUUGCUCCCUGAAAAAAUUGCCCUUUGUAAGAACAUCUGAUAUACAUGUGCAGCCAGAUUGGGGGGUUAAAAAUAUUGCUCGCCUCUUCCUAGUUCUGCCUGAAAAGUGUAAUGCAUAAGUGGUUCAUGCAUGCAUUAUUGGCCAUUGUGCAUGGUUUCAUAGUUUUCCUUCUGCAAUUAGAGGAAGUGUUUUCUCCAAAGUGUUGUGAUCUAGUCUUAUGUGCAAUAUUGAUAUUGAUUAUACUGAAUUGAUAAUAAAGUCUCAUUUCGAU